AUGGGAGUCCAUAACUGUUCCAUCGUCGUGCUCGUCCUUCUUCCUCUUCUUCUCGCCUCCUCCUCUUCGGCAGCUACCGAUUUUGAUUUCUUCUACCAUGUUCAGCAGUGGCCUGGGUCGUUCUGCGACACGAAGGGUGGGUGCUGCUUCCCGGGCAACGUGAAGCCAGCGGUGGACUUCGGCAUCCACGGCCUCUGGCCCAACUACGCCGCGUGCCGCCCCGCCGUCGGGAAGAACAAGACGGAGUGCUGGCCUGAGUUCUGCAACGCUGCCGACACUUUCGACCCGUUGCUGGUCAGCGACCUGAAGAACGGAAUGGACCGCAACUGGGCGACGCUGUCGUGCAAGAGCAACGACAGCACGGGGUUCUGGAGCCACGAGUGGGAGAAGCACGGCACCUGCUCCAACAUGGACCAGCACGCCUACUUCGCGGCGGCGCUCGAGUUCAAGGCCCGGUUCAACCUCACGCAGAUCCUCCUCGACGCCGGCGUGGUGCCGUCGGACGAGGAGACAUACGGCGUGAGCAGCAUCCUGGACGCCAUCACGGCGGCGACGGGUUCGAAGCCCAGCAUCGGGUGCAACAAGGGCGUCUCCGGCGAGAUGCAGCUGUACGAGGUGUACCACUGCGUCGACCGCACCGGAACGCGCCCCGUCGACUGCCCGGGGACGGUGCAGGGACGGAAGUGCACCGACACUGUGCAGUUCCCCGCGUUCUGA